AUGACUCUCUCUCCCCUCCAAGGUUACCUGUACAGUAGUAACAUCACGUUGCAGCUCGAUCAGCUCGAUCAACUCUGCUAUCCUCUCAGACUAUAUUACUGCAGGCUCACCAGGAUGAGCACCUCUUUCCUCAUCGCCGGCUUCAUCGCCCUCGCCGCCGCUCUCCCCGUCUUUCCCGUCAUUGACGAGUCCGAACUCAACCUCGUCCACGCAUCACCUACAGUCUCAUCAACCGACAUGGAAUAG